GUAACCUAUUGCCGACUGGGGGCUUUGUCUAAUUCAUCAUUAACCAGGGUCUUACAAACUUCUGGGAAUUGGUCAAAGCUGUAGUGAUAGUUGAGUUCAACCAUUGGGAUAACAAUUAUCGUGUCAAGAAAUGGGACUAACUCAGAAAUGUUUCGGUUUCUUUUGCAGAUUUGGUAUAAAAUAAUCAUAAUAAACAACAGGAACAUCCAAGGACACGAAGAACUUAACCUCCAGUCUGCCAUUGACAUCGCAUAAAUAUUUGUUGGGCUCCCUAGUGGUGCCUUGGAACACAGGUGAUGGCUGAGCACAGCAGCAACCCUGCUUGGAGGGUCCAGGCUGGCUCCACCCUAGCCUCGCUCAGUGACAGGAUGACUCUGCCAGAGAGCACUACCGUUCUCUUUAAUCUGAGUUUCCCAAUGGAAUGGAAUCAGUCUGACACCAGACCAGAGACACCUGACAAUGAUAAGAACUGGCCUGCUCUGCUCAUUUUGCUGGUCAUCUUCUUCACUGUGGCAGGCAACAUCCUGCUCAUCUUGGCUGUGUCUCUGGAGAGGAAGCUGCAGAAUGCCACCAGCUUCAUCCUGCGCUCCCUGGCUGUGGCAGACAUGCUCGUGGGCUUUCUCGUCAUGCCGGUCUCACUGAUUAACAUUCUCUAUGACUACCUGUGGCCCUUCCCCAGACCCCUUUGUCCCAUCUGGAUCUAUCUAGACGUGCUGUUCUCCACAGCAUCCAUCAUGCACCUGUGUACCAUUUCACUGGACCGCUAUGUGGGCAUCUGUAACCCCAUCAAACACAGCCGCUCCAACUCCCUCUCCAAAGCCAAGGCUAAGAUCGCCCUCGUCUGGAGCAUCUCCAUAGUGAUCUCCAUGCCCAUCCCUGUGAUUGGCCUGUAUGAUGAGGGGAAGGUGUUUGUCAAUGGGAUCUGUGUACUGAACGAGCACAGCUUCGUCCUGAUUGGCUCCUUCGUAGCCUUCUUCGUCCCUCUGGUCGUCAUGGUGGUCAGCUACUGUUUGACCGUGCGCGUGCUGCAGUGCCAAGCCUCUGAUUACCUGCACGGAGGCAUGGCUUCGAUCGACCGGCCUACCUUACUCGGGAUCACCCCAAGGCUCCCCGCAGGGGACAGUCUUAGCCUCCUCAAACAGGACCCUAGUCCCGAAACCUUCAAUAUUUCCGUCUCUCAAGCCUCCUCGCAACCCGUCUCUCCAGCAGGGAGGCAGGAGCCAGGGGGACCUGGUGGGAAACCUGGCGUGGCUCAAUCAAUCAAAAAUGAGAGGAGAGCCUCCAAGGUCCUGGGUGUGGUGUUUUUCCUCUUCCUGAUGAUGUGGUGUCCGUUCUUCAUCACCAAUGUGCUAAGCGUGUUGUGUGAGGACUCGAUAAUAAGCAUGUGCAAUAAGCCCGUGUUGGCAGUGCUCCUAAAUGUCUUCGUUUGGGUGGGAUAUGCCUCUUCUGGUGUCAACCCACUGGUCUACACUCUAUUCAACAGGACCUACAGACAGGCCUUCCACCGCUACCUACGGUGUAUCUACCACAGCCCGCCAGCCAAGAGCACCCCAACCUACCCUGUCUUUCCUGUUUACACCGUCACCCCUAUUCUCUGCGGGAAAGAUGCCAGCCGGCUGUAACUGUAGCAGACACAAUGGGAUUAAUGGGGUGUGUUAAUGGCAGAAUGAGGUUGGAGAGAGUGUAAAAAAAAAGUUCUGGGACGUUAGAGAAGUUGGUCAGCGUCCGUCCCACCCCCCGCUGAGCACGUCAGCUGUGUCUGAACUAGCUAGCUGGCCUCCAGGCUCUCUCUCUCUCACUCUCUCUCUCUCUCUC